GGUUGGCAUUAUCUAUGGUUGGCACUGACAGACAGAACACAGAAAUGAUUUUGACACCAACAAACCGAAAGAAAUAUUGAAAAAUCGGCAACCAAAGCAUAGCAAACCUCAGUUUCAUGUUAACCAACAUUGCUUUCCUUUGCAAUAAGAGGUUGUGUACUAUGCUUAUGUGCCUGAAUAUGUAAAUUACAUCCACCAUGUUUCCCAUUAAUCACAAAACAAUAUUUGUUUUGGACCACACUCCUUACUUCGGCAUAUCAUCAGAUUUUCCGAUAGACUUCGAUGUCCCGAAAAAUAGAGGAUAUCUUCCAGUUCCACCUAUUUGCAAGUCUUUAUGGACUUGUAGUGUGGAAGCAGCUGUUGAGUACUGCCGGAUAGUAUGGGACCUAUUUCCUGAAGGAAAAUUGGUGAGAUUUGUAGUGAGUGAUAACACAGCUCAUAUGCUAAAUACAUGGGCUGUGGCACAACAGAAUUUAACUCAUCUUCUGAAUGGAUUAUGUCUGGUGGGACCAGUGAGGAGGGGAGCAGGUGGUGAUGUUGAAGGUCUGGUUGCUGCCAUUGAGGCACUUGCUGAACCCUCACCUGAUCAGAGCUCUAGACCUGCUGAGAGACAUUUCCAAAACCGUGGUCGUGUAAUUUGCAUAACAAGUGCCAGAGACAAUGACUCUAUAAAGAAUCUAAAGGAUAUUGCUCACAACACAAUAGUACAAAUAAAUAAGAAGGCAGCAUUAGCUCAACCAGCCAGUACUUCAGAAUCUACUAGCACGACUCCACAGCCCUUAGUAAUACAUUACUGCCACAUAGUAAUAAUCAAUGUGACACCAGAAAAUGCAGAGACUAGAGUCACUAAUCAACCACUGACUGAGAUAGCAGGUGGUCAAAUAGGUGUAGAAGUGAUAGUAUCUCGAGCUAGUGCCUUAGCUAAUCUGUUGGGACGGUUAGUGUUGCCACACUACAAACUGGCCACUACCACUGUCACUGGUAUUCCUAUGAAGGAAGAACAAAACGCUAGUUCUAGUGCUAACUAUGAUGUAGAAAUAAUACACGCAGCAGACGCUCACGCUGGUCUUCGAGCGUCACAAACGCCGGCUGAAGCUUUGGAAUCGGUGGUGCUGCGUUGGUGGACGCCGCGCGGCGCGGAGGGCGGCGCGGGCGGCUGCUGCGGCGCGCUGUGGCGCGUGACGCCGGCCGACGUGGCCUCGCGCCCCUCCGCCUGCCUCGUCAACUUCCUGCUCAACGGACGCUCUGUCACGCUCGAGGUGCCCAGAAAAGGCGGCGGCAGAUCAGCGUCUCACGUAUUAGCAGCUCAGGGCGGGGAACUAUGGAUCGGAGCUCUCGGCGGCCGCACUCCGUAUGACGACCCGCCUGCACUGUCUGAAGGCGCUGGGGGACGAGUCACUGAUUACAGAAUAAAAGAGUUCGGCGCCCUAAUGCAACAGAACCGCCUGCACCCGCUGCGCGGGUCGGGCGCCAACGCGCGGGCGCGGGCGCGGCUGCAGCGACACACUACGUACUGGCCGCUCACUAUAUCCUCUACGCUUAUAUUUAAUUUAGGAUCGGUAUUAGAACCGCUAACUCGGCUAGUGGUACAAGAGACGUUGACUGAUGAAGAAGUGGAGACGUGCCGUAAUGUUCUACUCUCGUUGCUGGGUAUGGAGUCCCGACAUGAAUUCCCCACCGCCCAGCUGCCGUCCAAUAUGAGUAUGUUCAACAGGGGCAAAUCCUCGGGCCGUCGGGAAGAGCAAUGGCGUCAAGUUUGGGGCGAGUUGGAAGCGCUAGUGCGAGCGCAUGCAGCCGCCCCGCAGCACCGCGCGUUGUUGCGAGUCUUACUUGAUUGUAGGGCGCAUAAUAAUCACCCGAGUGAUGGUGAAUCUCGAGCAACCGUAAUCAGAGCGACAACCGACAGUCCCCUAUCCCCAGUAGGGGCGGGUAACGGGGCUUCGACUUCUGGCGACGUGUGGGCGCCGCGCAACGUGCUGGACGCGUUACUGGGAGCCCCCAGACCGCCGCGCCGGCCGGACUUCGCGGGCCGCAUGGCUGCCGGCUCGAGAGUCGCCACGCUAUACCCGCAGUUGCAGCAAGAUGUUGAAACUUCUCAUUAACACUUCCUUGUGUUAAAGUCAUCAAUGGCCUUUUAACAUCUAUUAAAAAGAUUAUUUAAGCUGCGAUCUACGUCACCAACGAAUAUCUGUGUGUUACAGUAGCCCGGGAUAGCAGUAUCGUAGCGAACAGGAUACGGUUGAAAUUAGCAACAAAUUAUUGAAACCUGUUUCCUAUUAUGCCCAGAGAUUUUUAUAAUAACAUGAAAAGAUAGUAGUUUUCACAUUACUAUCGUAAAAAGCAUUUUUACGUCAGACACUGUUGCCGCGGAAACUCAACUUGCCAUGUUACAAUGUUGCGCUGAAAAACGAGCCAGAUGUGUAGAUGCGCCAUUAUAAAUUUAGAGUUGUCAUUUAAAAGUAAACGUCUUGAAAUGGCAACAUUAUCUGAGUCAGUGGUUCUUUAUACGAGACCUACAUACCACAUCUACGGUUCUCUAAUAUCCAUAGCUUCGCCUAUUUUACCAACUUUUACAAAAUCAGAAAGCUCACUGACGCAUAACUAUAAAGUGAGCAAUUUUGUUGGCGAGCCCAGGAUGUGGUCGACUGAUUAACAUUGUGGCUCAACACCGGCCUCACUUUGCGGUUGUGGCGAACAUUUUAUGGCUCGUGUAUGAUUGUGUUGGUGCAAUAGUCCAAGGAUAAUGUUGUAAGCUAUGGAUGUGACGAUAUUUUAAAAAACCUUUUUGCUAACGAGGUGUUUUAAAUAUUGCUGAGUAUUAACUUUUGUACUUUGUUGAAUUUUACACUGUAAUUGAAUGUGUAUAAUAGGUAUAUAAGCAAACAUGUGAAUAAAUGUGUUGGAA